AUGAAUAAAAAAGCCCUCAAAGCACAUUUGGGCGCUAUUGCCACAAAGGCAGAACGUGCAAAAUGGCCACCGAGCCUAAGAAAGUAUGUAGCAUCUGCAUUUGAGCAAUGUUUGCCUCGGAAAGAGAAUGAAUUAGUAGAAGAUCUUAAGCUCACAAUCGCUGCAGCUAAAGAGCAAGACAUGCUUUCUAUGGACUGGAGUGACUUUAUAUUACCCACUAUGUGCAGUAAAGGAGCAAAGUCUUCAGACGAACCAAAGGUUAAAAAACUGUCUACGAAGAGAGAUUUGAAUAUGGCUGAUAUUGAGGAUACUCCAGAGGAAAAACGACGCCGUGAAUUAAGAGCAAAACGUUUUGAAGACGACCACCCUGUUGAACAUAUUCAACCAACUAGCUUGGAGCUGAAAGUUGAUGGGAAUGGCGAAGAGUACUGGCAUGGAAAGCCAGUGGUUGGAACAUGUACUAGCCUCGAAAAGCAAUAUUUACGGAUUACAUCGGCAGUUAAUCCAAGUACUGUAAGGCCUCUCCCGAUUCUAAAACAGGCAUUCAGAUAUGUGACAACUUACUGGAACACCUACAAAGACUAUACAUAUACUUGUGAUCAAAUGAAGUCUAUACGACAGGACUUAACAGUUCAAUGUAUCCGAAACAAGUUUACUGUCAAAGUGUAUGAAGUUCAUGCUCGUAUUGCUCUUGAAAAGGGUGACAUGGGUGAAUAUAAUCAAUGCCAAGCACAACUCAAACAACUUUAUACAUCGGACAUACGAGGGAAUCGCGAUGAGUUUAUUGCUUACAGGAUUCUUUAUUUUCUGUUCUUACAAAAUAUGUGUGACCUUAACGAUCUUAUGAAAGAACUUGUUGGAAAACCAGAACGUGAGAGCCCAUAUGUACAGCAUGCGCUAGAUGUUAGCAGAGCGCUGUCGAUGUGCAAUUAUCAUGCGUUUUUUAAACUGUAUCAAAGUGCCCCAAAUAUGGGAGGACAUCUUAUGGAUAAAUUUGUAACUCGAGAGCGAGUUAAGGCUCUUAUUAUGAUUUGUAAAGCGUAUAAGAUGGGUAUUUCUGUAGAUUUUGUUGCACAAGAGCUUGCCUUUCCAUCUUCUGAAUCAUUCAUUAAGUUCUUGAAAGGAAUGUCUAUCAAUCUAAAUCGAACGCCUGAAGGUUAUAUGAUAGACACAAAGACCUCUUUACCUACACUGAUGGAGCAAUUGAAACUAUCUUGA